GUUGGUAGUGGUGAGAAGGCUCCUGCUGGUUGAGAGAGAGAGAGACUGUGUGUCGACAAUGGCCAUCGCGCGACCCGGAGGGCUUGCGUGUGCAUUUUAACCGUAAAACAGUUGUGAAAAUAAAAAAUCAAAAAGAGAAAAAAAAUUGAAGGGUUGAUAGAAGAGUACAAGUCAAACGUGAGAAAUGUUAAGAGAGUGAGGCCGCAACUAAGAGAAAAAAAUAGAGAGAGAAACAUCGAGUAUCGGGAGACGGGAACGCGCGAAGUGGGUGUUGUGAAAUAUCUCGUGUGGGAGCAUGUGAUUGCAACUGCGAUAACGAAUAAAAAAAAAAUACAAAGAAAUUGAAACAAAAGAGUUUAAAACAAGAAAGAAGUAAGAAAGAAAAAAGACCGGAACGCUGUGUGGUUACAAGUUGGCUGGAGGGAAACAACAAAAAAAAAACUUGAGUAUCUCGUCGCGGAGUAGAGGCGCGCGCUCUCUCGAAACGCACGAUUCCCUCCUCUGGCCCCGUGUGUUUUGUCCCGACGAACCGGGAGAAAGAAAUCGAGUGAGAGUGAGUGAAAAAGAGCGAGUGAGAGAGAGAGAGAGGAGAUAUGUUCGCGAAACGAUUCGACUUAUAAUGUUCUGUUGGGUCGGAGUAUCGAGUCACCAUCGGAUGUGCAAGUUGUUACACGGCCCGGCAUGAUAAAAUAAGGGAACAGAACGGAGGAGAUGAGCCAUAAUAUAGCAGGCAUGCCACCCUUUGCAAGGAUGCCGCUAGGGGGUAUGGGAAUGGGUGUCGGGAUGGGACCAAACGCGCCUCAUCCGGAAACAAACGCCCAUCCUCAUCCUCCGCCGCCACCUCCAGCAGGCGCAAAUCCCAAGAAAAAACGACGUACAAACGCAAAUGUUGCUCAAGCAGCUCAGCCGCAACCUCCAACAGUACAGGAUUUACUACCACCGCCUUUGUCGGGUUAUGGGGAUACGAUAGUAGCGAGUAAUCCGUUUGACGAUACACCGCCACAGUCCGCGCAAAACACAAUGAUGCACGGAGGAUCGCCGCACAUGCAUCCUCAUCAUCCGCAUCACAUGGGUGGUCCGCCGAUGAGGGGAAUGAGUCCGUUGAGUUCCAUAGGUGGAAUGAGCCCGAUGAUUCCUCAUAACAUGGGAAACAUGAGUCCAAUGGGCAAUUCACCGAUGGGUAAUCACAUGAACCACAUGGGUGGAAUGUCACCGAUAAAUCAUGCUCCCAUAGGCGGUAUGAGUCCGAUGAAUAGCAUGGGACCGAAUAACAUGCCACCAGGACCAAUGAACACAAUGAACAAUCACAUGGGAAUGGGCCACAUGGGAAACAAUCAGAUGAGCGGUCCGCCCAUGGGGAGUCCGAUGAACAGUAUGAACAGUGGUCCAAUGGGUAGUCCUAUGAACAAUAUGGGCCACAGUAUGGGCAGUUCUAUGGGAGGACCGCUCGGAUCACCUAUGAACAAUAUGCCUGGCAAUAAUCACAAUCACAUGAACAACGGACCUAUGAAUAUGAACAAUAUGAAUAGUCACAUACCUCCGAACAGUCCGUUGAACGGUCCAACCACCAUGAACAACGUCAAUAGUCCUCUUAGUCAUAACGGCUCGCAGCCACAUCCCAAUCACAUGGGCAAUAAUCUUAGCAAUAUGGGACGACCGUUAAACGGCCCGAUGACCACUAUGAGUUCUAUGGUCAACUCAAACAUGAAUAUAUCCGGACCUAACACGAUAAGCAACAUGAAUAUGGCCGGCCCUCCUAUGAAUAAUAUGUCCAAUAUGAACAUUCCCCAUCACAAUCAAAUGGGACACAUGGGCGCUCCCAUGGGCUCAAUGUCCAGUAAUAUGAGCGGUGGACCACCUAUCGGACAUCCCAUGAACAUGGGUGGAUCCCUACCUCCUCACGGCUUUCAGGGACCACCCGGCAUGGGACCCAAACCUAUGCCUGUCUCCGCUGGAAAGAUCUAUCCUCCCAAUCAACCGAUGGUAUUCAACUCACAAAACCCCAACGCUCCGCCCAUUUAUCCUUGUGGAAUCUGUCACAAAGAGGUCCACGACAACGACCAGGGCAUCCUCUGUGAAUCUGGCUGCAACUUUUGGUUCCAUCGAGGAUGCUCGGGACUUUCGGAAGCAGCCUUUCAAUUACUGACUCAAGAAGUUUAUGCGGAAUGGGUGUGUGAUAAGUGUUUACAAUCGAAAAACAUACCUCUCGUGAAAUUCAAGCCAUAACGAUCCUCGGUACGUCGUGAGUACGACGCACAAGUGACACUUUGUUAAAGUUUUUAUAAUAUACUCUCAAGUACACGAAAACACUGAUAAUGCGAGCUCGUGUCAGGAUUCGCACACACGUUUUUCUUCAUAUUUCUGUCGACGUAAAAAUGCAAAGACUUUUCUCAUAUACACGAAAGAAAAUUGACUGCAACUUGAAAAAAAAAAAAAAAAAAAAAAAAAAAACAAAGAAGAAAAAAAAUAUUACACACAAACACAGACACACGUGCGUUUUAAUACGAAAAGUGCGAGCGCUCGUCGAAAGCGCAUAUUAUAUGGACCUACAGUGUUUGUUAAAUAACUCUCUAGCUUUAAAUUGUUGACAUAAAGAGGAAGAUGGAUGAAACAGAAAAAAAAGAAGAGGAAACAUGAAAAUUAUUAACAUUCAUCGAGUAGGCAAGUCCUCAAAAAUUCAUUUUGAAUUGACUGUUUGAGAAUCAUUUUCGUUCCAUCUUUUUUUGUUUUCACGCUCUUUCGACGCGUUGUUUUCUCAACUCUCCAAGGGUUCCGAGAACUAACGCACUCGUUAGCCAUCUUAUUUUGUAUUUCGAAUUCUCUCCGUCGAGUCUAAUUAUAAUUGCCUACAAGAUCGUUCCUUCAAUCGAUUAACAUAAUUGACGCAAAUGAGAAAUUUGAAGAAUCGCUCGAUCCCGGUGGUUUCUGCUUUUCCAAUAUUGUUAUCUCAUCGCCUCGCGUUUCUCAGUAUUGGUUUUAUUAUUUAAUUGGCAGCUAUCGAAAUAAUCGAUCGUGUGUUGUAAAACGCUUAUGAUUCAGUUGCGUCGAAACAGAAACUCAAUUUUUAAAAACUUCGAAUACAUUUUCGUCCCAGUGACUCAUACAAUAAAUCCAUGGAAAAGACACAAACUAUUAAUUUAUUGACAGUACUUACUUGAAAAGAUCAAAACUUGGAAAUGAAAAUAUUAAUGAUUUUUCGUUCGUCAUUAACCUUUGGACGGCCGGGAUUUGAAAGUUAAAGACGCCUUUUAAAAGUGCCCAAAUUAGUGUCUGGAAUCACGUAAAGUUCAGCCGAUAUAUCGGUUCUCCGGUCCUCUAGAGCUUCGGAAUAAAUUACACAUUUUCAUGCCAACUAUUUUAUUUCAUCGAAGUUUCACUACCCAACGAGAUCACACGUGAUAUUUCUUCCUCGUAUGAAACGAGUGUUUCCAUUUUCCCCGGUAUUUUUCGAAUUCUUCCGGAAACGUUUGUCAUUUUUGAAAUAUUCGUUUUCCGACUUUUCCUCGAGUCAGUAUCUGGAAAACUAUUCUCGUUCGUGUUAGAAAAUUUUCUUUCGCUCCAACAAAUUUUUGUCUCAAAAGCGUACGAUUGAAAAAGUUGAGUGCUGAUUCGACUGACUGGAUCGCACGAGAUGUUUUAACGAUUAGAAGAAAAUAUUUAAAAAAAAAGCGGAAUUGCUCUCGUUAGGAAUAAGCUUUGAUUGAUUUUGUACGAAAAUCUCGGAUAGAUUCGAAAUGAAAAAAAAAAAAGAGGAGAUAAUUCCCGGAGCAGGUAUUUUCCUCGUUUACUUUUCUUUUUUUGCGUAGCAGUUACGACCAAUGUCCUAAUAUCGCAGGUUUUUUGUUGUUAUUGUUUUAGUUAUUUCAUUUGACGGUUUAGAAAUCCGCAUAACAUAAUUCUCAUACAAGUAUUACAACGAAAUAUCCUUUUCGCGACGUCCGAACGUCCAUUUUCUUUUAUCUUUAUUUCUCCUCGAAUCGGACUCUUCUAAUUAUUCGUAAAAGUGAGAAAAAACUGUUUCGUUUUUCCCGAGUUUACUCCGGCUUUACGUCAAGAGUCACGAAUAAUCGAGAGCCAAUAAUUGUGUGUACAAAAUCGUGAUUAUCUGGGUGCAAAAAAAGUUCAUUUAAUCGUGAAGUUUUCGUUCGAGUCGAAGCAAUUAAUUCACGUGGAGUUAAAGAAAACAAAAAAAAAACAAAAAAAACACGAAAAGCUUCUUCGAGACGAGUAUUCAUUAAUUUUAACCGAGUUUACGCACGAAGUUUGAUCAUCAUUUUAGAUUAAUCGUUUGUCGAGUUUUAUUUAUUUGGUCAAUUUUGAGAAUUCCUCAAUUCCCAUCGAACAUUAUCCCAGUUCCCCACCCCUAUAAUUAGUCAAACCUUUCGACUCGAGGUGUUGUCCUACUUUUUUUCCUUUUUUUUUUUAAUCCUUUCGAUGUAAGUUGUAUAUAUAUACAUAUAUAUUUGGCAUUAACCACUGGCCUGAAAUUUUAGCAAUUCCUGAAUUUUCAUCGUGGCAUUUUCUCGUACGAUUGAAAUAUUAAAAUCCCCUCAACUAUUGUCCCCCCCCCCCCCCCCCUCCCCCGUCCUUAAACGCGUAAGAAAAAUUAUUUACUUACUCUCGCUUACACGAUAGAUACACAGAGGUGAUUUGGAAAUUCGAAAACAAACAAACAAGAAUCUUCGUUAUUAUAUCUUUUAAGCAAAAAUUAUCGCGCAACCCUUUAUGUAAAUAUAUUCAUACAUAAUUAAGAUUCUAUACAUAUUUUUUUGUUUUUUUUUCUUCUUUUUUUUUUUUUUUAAAUUUUUAAUCACGAAUGCGAAGCUUCGUAUUUCGCAGUGAAAGAGAAAAUGAAAUAAAAAGGAUUGUGAAUCGACCACAGCUUCGUGUGGCACAUUGUAAAUAGAGCAUCUUGCAUCGUCUGACAUUUAAAAAAAUGUUUUGGUCAGUUUUUUUUUUUCGUCGAAUCGGCGAUAACAAAAGUGGUCAGAGCUGCACAUCUUAAAUUUUAUUGACGAUAUAAAUUGACAGACGAAUGAGGAUAGAGAGAAUGAGAGAGAAAGAAGAUUCGAAAGAAUGACAUUUUACACCCGCAUGGGCAUGAGUGUAGACACUAAUGAGAAGGAAAAAACAAAUAAACACAAUCACAUUGAGACGACACGCGGUUUUAAUCAUAAAAACGAUCAAUCCGAUGAAAAAAUUAUUUAAGAAAACAUUUGAAUGAAAAAUUGAAAAUAAAAUAAAUACGCCGUACAAUCAAUUACCCUUUGAUGCUAGAAAUUCGAAUACACGCACUCUCAUCUACGAAAUUGAUCGAGAAAUACCCGUACACACACACACCCACACACACACACCCAUGGCCACGAAAACAAAACAAAAAAUUGUUCAUAGUUUAUUUUUUAUCAUGUGAAUACGAGAUGAAGAAAUGGAAACAAAUAUAUAUGUAUCACCGAUAGAAAAAAACGAAAAAAUGGGGGAAAAAAAAAACACAAAAAACACAAAAACGAAAGAGUUGUUAUACAUUAUAAAAUACUAUAACGAUAAUAUGCGACAUUUCUGUACAUAAACAAAAAAAAAAUAAGAAAACAUAAAGAUAUCGAGGAUCUGGUAAA